UCAUUCCGUCUCCCCUCGCGGACAGGCGGGUGGACGGGUCCCCCCUCCCCCCAGGGUACUUCGGAGUUAGCUGCGCACCGUCGCGUCCGACAUGAGGGAGAAGGGCCGCAGGAAGAAGGGCAGGACCUGGGCAGAGGCCGCCCGGACGGUCCUGGAGAAAUAUCCUAAUACACCUAUGAGCCAUAAAGAGAUCCUUCAAGUUAUCCAGAAAGAAGGACUUAAGGAGAUCAGGUGAGUUAAUGGGACUUCUCCUCUUGCAUGCCUGAAUGCUAUGUUACAUACAAACUCCCGAGGGGAAGAGGGCAUUUUCUAUAAGGUCCCAGGGCGCAUGGGAGUGUACACUCUGAAGAAGGAUGUUCCAGAUGGGUUGAAGGAACUCUCUGAUGGCUCUGAGGAGAGCAGUGAUGCCCAGUCUGACUCUCAGAGCUCUGAGAACAGCAGCAGUAGCAGCAGUGAUGGAUGCAGUAAGAAAGAUGGGAAGAAAAGCAGAUGGAAAAGGAAAGUGUCAUCUAGACUGUCACAGACAUCCUCUCCUCAGUCAGGCUGCCCGUCACCUUCCAUCCAGGCAGGCAAAGUCAUCUCCUCAUCGCAGAAGCACAGCAAGAAGGCACUCAAACAGGCCUUGAAGCAGCAGCAGCAGAAGCAGCAGCAGCAGCAAUGCAGAGCAGGCAUGCCGGUCUCCACUAACCAGCACGUCCUUCUGAAGGCCGUCAAGGCAGCCAGCAGCCCCGCGCCUGCGAAAUCCUCUUGGGAAGCAAAGCAGUCGGAUGGACAGUCAGGCAGCCCUCAGAACUCCACCUCCAGUUCCUCUCCCUCUGUCAAGCUUGAGAACUCCUUGCCAGGGCUGGGGAAAAAACCGUUCCAGAGAUCUGACAGGCUCCAUGCAAGGCAGCUGAAGAGAGCCAAGUGUGCAGAAAUCGACGUGGAGACUCCCGACUCCAUCCUGGUGAACACAAACCUGCGGGCGCUGAUCAACAAGCACACCUUCUCCGUCCUGCCUGCAGAGUGCCAGCAGCGCCUGCUGCUGCUGCUGCCUGAGGUGGACAGGCAGGUUGGGGCAGAUGGUUUGAUGAAGCUGAGUGGCUCUGCGCUCAACAAUGAGUUCUUCACCUCAGCUGCCCAGGGCUGGAAGGAGAGGUUGUCAGAAGGUGAAUUCACCCCAGAAAUGCAGCUAAGAAUACGUCAAGAAAUAGAAAAGGAAAAGAAGGUUGAGCUGUGGAAGGAACAUUUUUUUGAGAGCUAUUAUGGUCAGAGUUCUGGACUAAGUCUUGAAGAGUCUAAGAGACUGAUGGCAAACAGCAGCCCUGCCGAGCCAGAGACUGAAAAUCCAGUGCCUGAACAGCCAAAACACGUGGCAGCCUCUCUGGCCUCACUCGAAGAGGAGGUGACAUCUCCCUCAGAGUCUAAAGCACAAGCAGUCCACGAAGCACCAACCAUCAAAAGAGAGGAACAAAGAGAGGAUGUGCAGCCAAAACCAGCCAAACCUGCAGAGGCCUCGGUUUCCCCAGUGAAACCCAGUGACCAUUCACUCCCUACAAAAGAGAAGGUCCAAGGAGAACCCGUUCAAGAGAAACCAGAAGCUGCUGCUGGUCAGAAGCCUGAAGAAGAGAGAAAGCACACUGCCUCCAAGGAGGUGCUUGUGAAAGGGACCGUCAGUACCUCAGUCCUGGCCCCAAGUAAACCAAAGAGCCUUGAAGCAGGGGAAGUUGUAGCAAACAUGAAAAGUCCAGUGAAGACUCCAGAAACACCUGAAAAGAAGGCCCCUGUAAAUGAAGAGAUGGACGUCAGCAUCGAAGCCCAUAAGAGGAAGUUAGAGAGUCGUGAGGAAGCUCUCACCACUCCUGAGAAGAAGCCACGCAUGGUGGAGAGCUGCCAGCACCACCAAGCGUUUCGCACCCAGCCACAGUCCUUUCCUGCCGUGGGGACCCAGGUGCCACGGGUACCCCCACUCAAGAUUCCUGUCUCCAGAAUCUCCCCAAUGCCAUUUCCUGCGGGCCAGGUCUCUCCCAGGGUACGUUUCCCACUCUCACUUACCAGUCCAGGAAGAACAGGGGCCAGAACUCUGGCAGACAUCAAGGCAAAAGCCCAGCAAGCCAAGGCUCAGAGGGCAGCAGCUGCUGCCGCUGCCGCCGCCGCUGCCGCCGCUGCCUCCAACGGGGGAGCUGUCCCGGGGCCUGGACCGGGAGGUGGUGGGGCCCCACCAGGAGGUGGAGGAGAGAAGAGUAGCACAACAUCAGGUGGAACCAACACAACUGGAACUGGAGGAAAUGCACUGGAACUGGCAGGAACUGGAAGCGGGGGAAGUUCGAGAAGGUUUCUUCCCUGUUGUCCAGGGACCCACAGCCAAGUGGAGAACCAGGCCACAGACCAGGCACCACCUCACAAUUCUUCUAGAGCACAACUACAGCAGACUUCCACACUGCAGUCCAGAGCUCCGGCCAGCAAUACAGGCACCAGCCCCUCCUCAUCCGCGGCACCGGCAUUAGAGAAAGCCAGCAGGUUAAAGCAGAGCCCUCCCAGGAUGGCUGUGAGUCAGACUUCAAGCUCCCAGUAUGGUGGUAGCAAAGACAAACAAGAGAAAGCACCUUCUGCUCCAGCAGACCCAGGCCAGGCCUGUGGGGCACCAGCUGUCAGGGAUGGAACAGUCUGCAUCACAGUAUCCACAGCGGAUCCCAACACAAACUUAACUAAGGUAACACCUACAGCCUUAGGAGGGACCAGCUUAGAUGUUUCUAAAAGCAAAUCUCCUUCCCCUCCAAUGUCUUUGCUAACAUCUGUGAGUUCAGAAGGCCAGGCUGGAGGUGUGGUCCUGUCUGCUGCAUCCGUCCCACCCUCUCACACUUUGUCAGCAGUGCCUAGCCUUAAAACUCAUCCAAGUUCAAGUGCAGCCCUCCCAAAACCAAGCUCCAGUAUUCCUGCUAACAACCCUUUGGUCACCCAACUUCUUCAAGGCAAGAAUGUCCCUCUGGAGCAAAUCCUGCCGAAGCCUCUCACCAAAGCAGCAAUGAAAACUAUCCCAUUAGCUCCUCAUGAAGAAAAAGGGGCAGCAGCAGCAGCCAGUGCUACAAGUGUAAUAGGGAACAGCACUGGACCUGAGGGUGGUGAAAGACAAUCCAGUUUACCCACACCACAGCUGGGGAAGAUCUUUUGCCAGAACAGGCCUCUGCCUCACGUUCAAAGGACCUUUCCACUCCCCUCAGGAAAGGAGCCCAGUCUUGAGCAGCAGCAGUGCCAUGAGGCACUCAGCAAGACAACCCAAGAGCAGAUUCUUCAGACUCUUAUCAAGAGGGUCCAGAGGCAGAAUUUAUUGCCAGUCCUUCAGCCUUCACCGCUGAAUCUCACUCACUCAGGCUUCCAGGUAGAAAACAGCUCCAACAGCCAGAGAUUUAUGUUGGGUUUCAUGGGCAGAAGGACAUCCAAGCCUGCUAUGUCUGGUCAUUAUCUGCUCAACAUUUCCACCUAUGGUCGUGGUUCAGAGAGUUUGAGGAGAGGCUUCUCCUUGAACCCUGAAAGCCGCUUGUGCCUGAACAGUCCUGCUGAUGCUCUAAAACCGGAGUGUGGGGAACGUGAGGAGGUAGCUGGCCAUGGCAGUAGCAGCGAGGAAGGAGAUGCAGAUGAUGAGAGCACUGGUGAUGAACAGGAACAUAUCAGUGUAAAAGAGGAGCCCCAGGCUUUGCAGGCUUCUGGUCAGUGUAAAAAAGACCAGGUAUCUCAUAGCAUGACUUCUCCAGAUUACAGCACCCUUACUAAGAAGGGUGUAAAGACGGAAGCAGCUAUGUCACAGCAAGCAGCAGCCAGCAAGGAGAAUGUUCAGGCCUUUGAUGGGACUGUGCUAGCACGAGAUUUUAUUCAGGCUGCCCAAGAGCAGGUGGCACAUGCAAUGAGGGGGAAAAUGCAUGGCAGUCCAGAGCUUUUCAGUCCUUCUGUACCGUCCUCAGACUCUGGGCAGCAGCAGCCUCCGCUGCUCUCUCCUUCACACCCUCCAAAGCUGUCUGGAAAUGCUGCCCCACAGCUCAUUGGGCCCAGUUACAGUGGCACAAUAAAUGUCUCCACCUCCCCAGACGUGAACCAAGGGUCUCUUAUGACUGGGCUGUCUGAGUGCAAUCAGUUGUCCAGUAGCAUGGGGAAUGUCAUGUCCUUUUCUGUGACUGUCACCACCAUUCCCACCAGCCAAGCUAUGAACUCUGGCAACCACAGUCAACCCAUCCCCGUUCAAACCUUCGCUGAAGACAGCAGCAUGGAGGAUUCCCCUUCCAAAUGUUACUGCAGGUUGAAAGCCAUGAUCAUGUGCAAGGGCUGCGGUGCCUUCUGCCAUGACGAUUGCAUUGGCCCCUCUAAGCUCUGUGUCUCCUGCCUUGUCGUGCGGUAACCAGGACGGGAAGUGGGGAAGUAGAUGGCUUGAUGUUGGGUUUGCUUUAGGAAUUACGUUGGGAAGAAAUAGGAAAUUUACUGCCUUGCACAAGAGACACGUUACAGA